AUGGAAACUAGAGAGAGAAACUCCUUAAAUUACAAUAAUCCACCUCAAUCCAAUCAAGAAUCAUCGUCCAGGUCGAGUACUGCACCUUUAAUUUCUUCACCCACUUCAAACACCAGAAGGAAUGAAACCCCAGAUCACCCUCAUCUUCACCUUCAUCAGGGAAACCACUAUCGUGGAUUCAAGUUACAGAAAGAACAACUGGAACCACAAAGACCCAGAAGGAAUCCAAACCCAGGUCCAGAUCCAGCUAGACUGGUCUCUCAACCACCCGCACAGCCACUGCCGCCAGCACCUGAGCCAUCAACGAUUGCUAGAGCCGCAGCUACAGUGGCAGUUCGUUAUCGUGAAUGCCUAAAGAAUCAUGCCGUCAACAUGGGCACUCAUGUUCUAGAUGGGUGUGGGGAAUUCAUGCCUAGUGGUGAAGAUGGCACCCCAGAAGCAUUAAAAUGUGCUGCCUGUGAAUGCCACCGGAGUUUCCACCGAAGAGAGGUAGAAGGCGAGUCACAAUCAGGUUAUUACACACAGCAAAUGGCUUCACAAAUACCUUCGACACAUAAUCAGCCACCUCGAGCUGCCACAGUACAGCUACCUCCCCCACAAUCACCUCAGCAGCGACACCAUAGGCAUCAUCAGCCAGUGCAACCUAUCAUGAUGGCAUUUGGAGGAGCAAGUGGGACGCCAGCCGAAUCUUCCAGUGAAGAUCUCAACAUAUUCCGGACCAAUGGUGGAGCGCAAUUAAUGGCGCAGAUGUCAAAGAAAAGGUUUCGCACAAAAUUCACAGAGGACCAAAAGGACAAGAUGCAUGAUUUUGCAGAAAGAAUCGGGUGGAAGAUCCAGAAGCAAGAUGAACAGGAGGUUCUACGAUUCUGCAACGAAGUUGGUUUGAAAAAACAAGUGUUCAAAGUGUGGAUGCACAACAACAAACAAGCCACUAAGAAGAAACAACUGUAAGAUUGAUAGAACUUAUGCAAGCUUAAAUCAGCUAGAACCCUUGUUUUGAAAAGGGUUCUCUUUUUUCUUUUUCUAUCUAGACUCUAAUGCAUAUAGAUUACACUUCCCAUCCUAUUGCUAAUCCUGGAUUUCGAUGGUGAUCAUCAAAACAAUUUUACUAGCAUUCAUACUUUGUUAUUUGACCUAGGUUAUUUCUUAACAUCAGAAACAAAACCACUUGGAGCUCAAUUUUCCUAUAACUUCAUACUCAUUAGCUU